GAGGAACCGUCCGAUCCGUCGUCCGGCGGAAUUGGCAGGAAUUCGAUGCCUGUCUCUGAUCGGCCACCUCCAUUAGGCAGUCUUCGAUUCUCGGUGCCGGAAACCCGUCGAUCUUCCUUCCGAUAUUGUUUCACCAGUUACGUUCUUAGAGUGAGGGAGGAAGUGUUUCCGAAACCGAACCAUAUCGAGAGACGACUCGGUCAUCUCAGGUGACCAAGUGCGUACUCUCCUUCCGAGUGCCUGAUCGAAACUUUAGUGGUUUUCGUUGUUGACAAAGUUCGUACUCUCCCUGAGUGCCUUAUCGGAUCUGUCGUGGUUUUCAUUGUCGAUGACAGAGUGCCUUGUAGCCUGAGGUAGAAAUGGCAGCUGCACCAAAGUUCGACUCGCUGCAGGAUGAAGUGGUCUGGUACAAACAGAAGUACGACGAGUGUCAGGCGGAAUUGGAAGAGUUCCAGACGAGCUCUAAGGAGCUCGAAUUGGAGCUAGAGACACAGCUGAUGCAACUCGAGAAAGAAAACCGCGAUCUGAAAAGUGUCAAUCAGAAACUCGAGCAGGAACGGGAUGUUUACGCUGAAAAGUUCACCUUAGUCACAACGGAGCUCAAGGAGCAGCUCGAGCAGCUGGACGACGACCUCAAUAAGGAAAGAAGCUUCAACGAGGAGCUCCAGAGGCACGUCCGCGGCCUUGAGCAAAACAACGACGACCUUGAACGAGCGAAACGGGCCUUGGCCGCGUCUUUGGAAGAGUUCGAAUCACGGCUCAACAACGCGAUCGAACGUAACGCGUUCCUAGAGAGUGAACUCGAUGAAAAAGAACAGCUCUCAGCCAUGGUUCAACGACUCAAAGAAGAGACACGGGACCUGAAGCAAGAACUCCACGUACAGAAGAGAACCAUCCCGAAUGGAUCUUCAUCAACAGGUGGCGGUGUCCAAGGAGCGGGCGCCCCGGUCACGCCUGAAAAGAAGAAAACCGUCGGCUCAUCUCCGUCCGGCCGGGCAAACGCACUCGACAUCGUCAAUGAUCUUUUACGCAAAGUCGGCACGUUGAUGAAUGUCGCUCUGACUCCACCACCGACACGUAGGAGAACAAAUUCUAAAAAACUCUUCGAAGCCAACAAUAACGGAGAAUCCAUUCGCGAGGAAGGUACGACGAGUUCGGGCUCUGAGCACCAUAAUCGUCGCAAGUAGAACUUGUUUGGGAUAUGUUGGAAUGAAGAGAUUGAGCCACAACUUUCGUGGUCC